AUGAGUACAAGAAUGGACCUUACUUCCGCCACCAACGCGACUGCUACCCCAAGUUCCGAUGAUUUGAGCGCGCCCAUUGGCACCGAAGACAGCGAGAGCCGACAGAACGGCGAAGUUGAGACCACUCUAGCUACCAAUCCUACAAAUCUGAUCGAUCUUACCGAUGAAGGAUUUAACAUCGCUGACGGCUACCCAAAGAAUAUGACGCUCGACAUUGGAGGCCGCAGGUUCAGAGUUGCGCGCAGCACGCUGGAGGCAGAGUCAGGCCUUUUCCAACGCCAGUUCUCCGACUGCUACUCUUGGACGCCCGAACCAGACGGCUCGUACUUCCUAGAUGCCGACCCCGACCUUUUCGAGCACCUCCUCCGCUACAUGCGUCGUCCUGAGGUAUUCCCGCUAUUUUACAGCGUGAUGAACGGCCUCGACUACGACUUGUAUAAUCGCUUGCAAGCUGAAGCGCGGUACUUUCAGAUAAACAAGCUGUAUAAGUGGAUUGAAGCAAAGGUACUGGGCAUCCUAUUAUCCUCUACGCCUGAUACUGACAUGCAGCUAGAAGUACCUCACCGCUCUUAA